AUUUGUAUUCUGUGCCAAACUUCCGGAGUAUCAUCAAGCUCAAUUAAUAAAAAUUAAAGACAUUUUCCUAGAAACGUUUUAAUUAAUUAAGAAAACGGUUCGUGCACGAAUUAGAGUGAGAUCAACCACAAAUUAUCACAGGAAAUUAUGUAAAAAAGUGCGCAUUUCGUUUUUAUGUCAUGCGAAUUCGAAGUAGCGGGACGUCAAGCCCUCUACCGGUAACCAAUCAAACCACGUCAUUCUCAUUUGAAUCCAAAAUGGCUACUACAUCAACAAACUAAUGUCGGCAAAAUAUUAAUCGAAAAUGUUAUGAUUUUAUGGUGUUAGAAGAAAAAAGAUGCAGUGCACUAAUACUCGGCGAUAAAAAACUAGUGACUGAUACUGUUAACGCAGUGUGAAGGUUAGAUCUGAAGUCAAAAUUAAAGGCGCCAUGUUCUCAUGCCAAGCCCAUUAUUUUGGUAUUUUUUUAAUUGUUUGUGUAUUUUGGAACAACAACGUUAAUUGCAAUGCGAUCGAUCCAGAGGAUGAAGAGAGGGCUGUUACUAUUGAAGUGUUAACUUUUAAUUCGACUCAACUGCCUUAUGGUGAAAACGUGACGAUAAUCUGCAAAUCGAAGUGGGUUGACAGUUUUAUAUUGUGGACUUUCGAUGAAAGAAAUAUUACAGAUGGGGAGAAUGGUUUUAAACUGGAAAUGGAAAGUGAGAACAUCAACACAAAGUCGGGGAAGAAGUCAGAAGUUUCAAUUUUACAUAUUGUGAAUAUCGAUCUGAAACAUGUUGGAGAUUAUAAGUGUCACAGUACCCACAAACUCGAACUUGCUUUGGAUUUUUGUAAGAUAACAUUGAAUGUUACACUACCUGCACAAAUAGUACAAAUAUCACCCCCCAUACACACAAAAUUACACCAAAACAUCGAUUUGUAUUGCGUUAUUAAAGGAUAUCCAAUUGAAGAUAUUAAAUGGUUCAAAGAUGAUGAACUUCUCCCAUCUGACUUAUGGACAGUCAAAACCAUAAAUGAAACACUGAAAAAUACAACACUAACUGUUAGUGAAGUCACCAAAAAGGACAACGCUACUUACACUUGUUUAGCUUCAAAUGGUCACAAUACAGUCAACUCGUCCUCGGCUAUAUUAGUACUGGAUAAACCACAAAUAACCAUUGAUUUUGUGAAGGCAAUAGGAAUUAAUAAAGUCUACUUAAACUGGACCGUGAAUGACGGAAACGACCCCAAACACUUAAAAUACACAAUCCAGUAUAUGUUAUCAGGUGACUCCAACUGGAUCUUCUUCCAAAAUAAAAUUGACGAAAAAGCAAGAUCGUACGUUUUGAAAGACAUCUUCAAAAACAACACUGAAUGCACUAUUAGAAUAAAAGCGAAAAAUUCAGAGGGCGAGAGUCAGUACUCGACGAGCACUCCAGUGCGCAUGCUCUCUGAAGACCCGGUUUUCAUACCUGAAGUAAAAGUAACAGGUGUGACAGUCAGCUCAAUUACAAUCAGUUGGAGUACUCCAACUGAUGAUCUCAAGGAUCACGUUCAGUAUUAUACUUUGUAUCUAAAAACAAACAAUUCUUCAUUCAAUGCCAUUCACCCCGUUUCAAAGGAAAAUUAUCACAUGUUUUCCGAGCUGGAUCCCGCGACCAACUACAAUUUCCAAGUUGCGGCAUGCAGUGAGUAUAGCCAGACUUGCGGUCCUCCGUCUGACGUUGUCAAUGGUACAACAAUGGACGGGAUUUCUGGACCACCGUCAAAUCCGACAAUACAAUGCCGCUUUGACAACAUUAGUCAAAUUUCGUUUGUGCAUAUAACGUGGCAAGCACCAAUCAAACCACACGGGAUGAUUUUGUAUUACCAUGUUCACCUAGAAGGUAGCGCUACCUUUAUCAACGACCAAGGUGUUGUAGAACACACAACGUGGGGCCCAAAAUUGAAAAGUGUCAGUGAAAACACUUUCAAUACUCGUUUUAAUAAUGUUUCUGCCAAUACUAACUAUACAGUAAAAAUUUGCGGCGUGACCAGGACUAAGAAAAACGGCGAAACCGUUUCAUUACAAUGUACAAUGCCGUCUAUGUUGCCUGAUAAACAAAAAUUGGCCCAGUUGAAUUGGACGAAAAUUGAAGAACAAGGGAGAUGGUUGUUCCAGUUACAUAUUCCUAGAGUGUCAGAAAGAAAUGGUCCUAUUUGUUGUUACAGAAUAUAUUUAGUUAGAAUGGAAGACCAACAAAAGAUAGCUGAAUUACCAUCUCCUGAAGACUUGUCAAUUGUUUCUUAUCAAGAAGCUCACAGAACACCGAAAGGGGGAGCAUACGUCGCAGAAAUGUUUACCAGUUCUGCUUUUCACGGGGAAGUAUUCUUAGGAGAUGAACAAGUUUACAAUUUGUCUAACACUCAAUGUGAUGAAUGCGUUGGAUUGAGACCAUAUACAAGUUACAAAGAACUGAAAUUUGACAAUAGUAACGAUACCGCAAACAGGGUUAAAAGAGAGGAGAGAUAUGAUCCUUUACCACCUCAUGAUGGUACUCUUGAUAUUAACAGUAACUAUACAGGUUUCAUAGAAGUUGUUGUUUAUGGGAACAGCACCAGAGCAUCGACAAUAGCAGCGUAUAGCAAUUACCUAAUAAUGAUGAACCCGGGCCCCGAGAAUGCCGAAGUACCUAGAACAGCAACCCUCGGAACCCUAAAUUUGGUGGUACAAAUUUUGUGUGGGAUCGUGAUGUUGGUUCUUCUCUUACUAGGAGCGUUGUGUAUUCUCCACCACUACACCAAGCAAGCGCAUGCCCAAGCCGUGGAAAUCACCUUUAGGACAUCCCUUAGGCAUUUGUACAGGAGCCUACGGGGUCGGCAGCGCUUAGUAUCUCUAAAUCCUCCCGAUAUGUGCCCAAUUAGCAAGGGGGAACUCGUUUCUGCAUAUAUCGAACGGCACAGGGAUUCGGAUUAUGGAUUCCAGCAAGAAUUCGAACUUUUACCGGAUAGGUUUUCGGAUAGAACAACAAGAUCAUCGGAUGCUAGAGAAAACGUGUAUAAGAAUCGGUACCCUGAUAUUAAGGCUUACGAUCAAACUAGAGUGAAAGUGUCGCAGAUUGACAGUAUCGCAGGGUCGGAUUAUAUCAAUGCGAACUAUGUAUUGGGGUACAAAGAACGGAAAAAGUUUAUAUGUGCCCAAGGUCCUAUGGAUACUACUGUUAACGACUUCUGGAGGAUGAUUUGGGAACAGCAUUUAGAGCUUAUUUUGAUGUUGACGAAUUUGGAAGAGUAUAGUAAGACGAAAUGUGCUAAAUAUUGGCCUGAUAAAUGCGACGGUGAUAAAUCUUUCGGUGAUAUAACAGUUACUCACGUGCAAGAAACGAGAUACUCAGAUUAUAUAGUAAGAGAACUUAGGAUCUGCAGAAAUGCACCUGGUAAAGAUAAAGAGGAGAGGCAAAUUACUCAGUAUCAUUACCUUGUUUGGAAAGACUUUAUGGCCCCGGAACAUCCAAACGGUAUCAUUAAAUUUAUUAAACGGGUCAAUGAAGCCUACUCCAUUGAAAAAGGGUGCAUUCUUAUACACUGUAGUGCAGGUGUUGGUAGAACGGGUACUUUAGUAGCACUAGACUGUCUGUUGCAACAACUGAAAGAAGAGGAACACGUCUCAAUUUUCAAUACUAUAUGUGAUUUGAGACACCAAAGAAACUUCUUGGUUCAGUCUUUGAAACAAUACAUAUUUAUAUACCGCGCUCUCAUGGAAGUCGCGCAAUACGGGGAUACCGAAAUUGCGACGAGCAAAUUAAAGACGACUGUAGACAAAUUAAGACAGUGUGAUAAAGACAAAGCGAAAUGUAAAUUAGAAGAAGAAUUCGAGAAUAUACUUAAUGCGUUCGAAGAUCGCAAAUCUUGUUCCGUAGCGAAAGGUGACGAAAACAGGGAAAAGAAUAGAUCGGACGUAGUCAUUCCAUAUGAUAGAAACAGGGUUAUAUUAACUCCUCUAUCUGGUAAAGAACAUUCCACGUACAUUAAUGCCUCCUUCAUAGAAGGGUAUGACAAUACGGAAUCGUUUAUCAUAACUCAAGAUCCGACAGAAUCGACUAUCAACGACUUUUGGAGGAUGAUCUCUGAGCAGGGAAUUAGUGUCAUAGUUAUGCUGUCUGAGUUGGGCGAAAACAAAUGUCCGCGGUAUUGGCCAGACGAAGACGAAAACACCUACGACCAAAUCCACGUUCGGUACGAACAAGCGGAAAGUUGUCCGUAUUAUACAAGGCGCGAGAUGUUUGUUAAGGGUAGGGACUGCGAAGAACAUAGAGUUAUGCAUUUGCAGUAUCAUGGUUGGCCGACGGUAGAUGGAGAGGUACCUGAAGUAACGCGAGGGUUAAUAGAGUUAGUUGAUCAUGCCCAAUCCAAUUUAGUCCAUAACGAUUGUUCGCCAUCAAUGGUGGUCCACUGCAAUUUGGGUUCAGAUAGGAGUUCUAUGUUUGUAGGACUGAGCAUUCUCGUUCAACAGUUACGUACUGAGAAGCGUGUUGAUGUAUUUACAGUAACAAGAAAGUUACGUUCGCAGAGAAAUGGACUCAUAAGUACAUAUGCGCAGUAUGAAUUCUUACAUCGAGCUAUUGUAAAUUAUGCAGAACUACACGGACUUUGUGACUCAUAAUAUGUUAUUCUUGGUGCCAUAAUGAGUUUUUAUAUUCCAUUUUAAAAAUUCCACGAUAACCUUACUAUUUAGAUAUUUUUAUAAGUAACAUGAACAAUUGUAAGUCGUUUUUAUAUCUUUUAUCAAAUUGUUUCUAGUUAAAAACCAAAACUUUUACUUUACAAAAAAAAAACCAAAGUUUGCUACGGUGGUCUCGUUUAUAAAAUAUAAUUAAUUUUAUUGUCAAAGUUAGAUUAAGAACUCAGCUUUGCUCAAAUAUAUCAUUUAAUCUCACAACACAAUCUCAAGCGAAGAGGGUUGUAUUAUGCAUAGAAAAUUUUCCAUGUGAGUAUAUUUAAAUUAAUAAUUAUGUUAUACGUAAAUGUGUAAUUAUUAAUUCAAAUUUUCUACGUUGUGUAACCCUCUUAAGUCGAUCACACUACAUCAAACACAUUUUUUUUUAUACGCGAGCAAUAAAUGGAGAUUAUUUCAUCACCAAUGAUAUUAUUUUGUGCUUCUCACUUUAUUUAUUUACACAUUUUUGAAAUUUUAUUAUAGGAAAAUAAUACUGAUAUAGCCUGCUUAAUAUUGUAGUGCUUUUGUUUACUAAAUGUACUGUGUAAAAACUAAAAAAAAAUACUUUAACUUGUGUAUGUCAAUUUGUAUGUCAUAAAAUUGUGUGUAUAUAUUUUAAAAUGAUUUGCUCUUUGUAUUUAGGAAACAAAAUUAAGACUGUACAUGCAUCUACUGCAA